AUGUUGCCCCACCAUCGAGCAGAGCGAGGUAGUCGAGAUAGUGGAGAUGACAGCUAUGUUGCUUUGCUCGAUAGUGUUGCUCUGCUCGAUAGUGUUGCUCUGCUCGAUAGUGUUGCUUUGCUCGAUAGUGUUGCUCUGUUCGAUAGUGUUGCUCUGCUCGAUAGUGUUGCUUUGCUCGAUAGUGUAGCUGCAAGAAAUCAACAUUAUAUAAUUUUAACAAAUAUAAAAAGUAAUUAUAUAGAUAAUGAUGAAAGUUCAGACAAAUGUGGUAUCUCUAAAAGAUGGUUAUUAGUGAGACCAUGCUAUACAUAUAUAAUUAUUGAUAAUUUGUUUAGUACAUCAUAUUUAAUUAUAGAUUCAAUAUCUGAUAAUUUAAAACGCUUUGAAGUAUUUAGUAAAUCUUCAAAAGCUAAUAAUAAAUAUAUGGUUAAUAAAGGUAAAGAUGAGAAAAUAAGAUCAGAAUAUACUGUUAAAUUAAAUACAAAUAUACCAAGACGAAUUCUUUUGCGUUUAGCUUUGAAACAAAUUAUGGAUCCGUUGUUGAUGGAAACACCAUCAACCACAUCUUGUAUAAGUUGUACCUAA